AUGAUUUACCCAACUUCUUCUCGUUUAAAUUCCUUCUUUCUUUCGCAGGUUGCCCAUUCAUACUUUCUUUUUUCUUUCUUUCUUGCUUUCUUUCUUAAUAAAUUCUUUCCUUUUUCUUUCUUUUGUAUCUACUCUUUCUUUCUCUCUUUUUUCUUUCAGUUUAUCCAUUUUUCUUUCUUCCGUAGAUAUAUUCAUUCUUUCUUUCUUUUUUACUUUGUUUCUCUUUCUUUUUUCUUUCUUUCUUUCUUUCUUUCUUUCUUUUUUUCUCAGUUUCUCCUUUCUUUCUUUCUUAGUUUAUUCAUUCUUUCUUUCUCAGUUUUCAGUUUCCGCCUUCUUUCUUUUUCUUUCCUUCCCAGUUCUCGGUUUCUCCCUUCUUUCUUUCUUUCUUUCUUUCUUUCUUUCUUUCUUUCUUUCUUUCUGUCUGUGUGUCUGUCUGUCUUUAUUUAUUUCUCAAUUUGUCGGUUUAUCCGUUUUUUCUCUCUCUCUCUCUCUCUCUCUUUUCUCUUCUUUCUCUCUCACUUCUCCCGCAAAUUCUUAAUUCAUCCGUUCUUUACUCUUUCUUUCUUCUGCAAUUUCUCAAGUCAUCAGUUAUUUCCCCCCUCUCUCUCUCUCUCUCUCUCUCUCUCUCUCUCUCACUUUCUUCCUCCUCUUUUUAAUUUUUUUUCUUUCUUCGUCAAUUUCUCAUUUUUCUUUCUUUCUUUCUUUCUUUCUUUCUUUCAAAUUCUUCUUUUUGCCUCUUCUCCCUUGUCAUCUUUUCUACAUGAUUUUAAUUUUCACUCUGGUUCUUUUAUUUUUCGUUCUUCUUUCACUAUGUUUUGGUCUUUUCUUGCAACUUUCGUUCUUCUUUCACUAUGUUUUGGUCUUUUCUUGCAACUUUCUCCUUGA